CCGCGGGAGGAGCAUGCUGCGGCGCCAUGGGCGAGCAGUGGGACGUGGGCCGGGCGCUGGCCGUCUCGGGCCUGUUCCGUGCGCUGCAGGGCGCGGGCAGGGCCUGCGCCGCCCCGUUCCUGACGCUCUACCUGCGGCACCUGGGGCUGCCCGCGCCGCUGGUGGGGGUCGUGGCCGGGGCCCAGCAGCUGGCGGCGGCUCUCUGGACUCCGCUCUGCUCCCGCUGCCUCAGGGGCCGCGGGAAGCGGCGGCUGCUGGUGGCCGGCAGCGUGCUGGGCUCGGCGGGGGCCGGCCUGCUGCUCACCCUCAUCCCGGCCGCCGGCCGCCACGCCGCCGGCAGCUCCUGCAACGCCAGCCAGCAGCCGGGGCACCGGGGCGCCGCCACCGCCGGGCCCGGGCUGGCCGCGAGCAGCCACAGCCUUCUGACCGGCACCGCAGCCGUGCCCGGGGACGCGAUGGGAGCGACUGCUGCUGUCUUCUUGCUGGGCAGCAGGCGGCCGGCCCUGGCCGGUGCUGCCUCCCAGCCGCCGUCCGGCCUGACAGAUACCCCUGAGAACAAAGGUGACACCAAGACGAGCGGCUACGUGGAUGGCCCCUCCGGCUGGACGGCUGCUGUGAGAGCAGGCAACUGGGAGACACAGGAGCCAGAAACGCUUCCUGCCUCCGGACCUCCAGGCCCUGGGCUCGAGAAGGAAAUGAGCAGCCCGGGUUCUGCUGCAGUGGAUCCUGCCGGGAGCGCCGAAGAAAGCUCUUCUGUGACCGAAAGGGAUGAGCCCUCCUCGUCUGCGACGACUCGUCCUGCUCCGGGAGCUGCUUACGUGUCCGGGAACCUUUCAGACCGCCAGCAGGACGCUGCAGUCGUCAGCUUCGAGGCACUGCCAAACAUCUUCCAGGACAGGGGGAAUCAGAUUUUCCUUAUGGUGCUGGGUGCCGUGGUGGUUUGGGAGCUGCUGGCUACCUCUCUGGAGCGGACAGUGGACGAGAGUCUCUACCAAUACCUCGACUUCGUCGACGCCACCGACAGGUACGGCAGGCUGUGGAUCUGGAGCUACCUGGGAGCGUCGGCGGGUGCCUGCGGCGUCUCCGUGCUGGUGGACCGGCUGAGCUGCUCCCUCGGCGGCUCCACCCGCCGCCUGGCUGUCCACUUCUAUGGCUAUGCUGCGCUGGUAACGCUCUCCCUGCUCGUCAGUGCCUUCUUCCCCAUCCACGUUCCCAAGAAGCCCGACCGCGUCAACAGGGCGGCCAAAGCCCUGGCGCUGCUCUGGAGCGAGGGCCGAGCCUUCCUCUGCGCCCUCACCCUCUUCCUCACCGGCGCCGCCUGCUCUGCCCUGCACAACUUCCUCUUCUGGCAGCUGGAGGACCGAGGCAGCGGCGAGCUGCUCAUGGGGCUCUCGGUGGCCGUGGGGCUGCUCGCAGAACUGCUGCUUUACUUCUUCAAAGGGAAGCUGCUGAGGACUUUCUCCGGCAGCAAGAUCGUCGCAGCCAGCCUGAGCCUCCUGGCGGUGCAGCUUCUCUGCUACUCCUUCCUGUGGGCUGCCUGGCCGGUCCUGCUGCUCCAGACCUUGUCUGCCUUCAGCAGCGGCGCUCUGUGGUGGGUGGCGGAGGCCACCGUGGACGACGUCGCCACCCCGGGCACGGGGAGGUCGCUGCACGCCGUCCUGCGGGGCCUCUUCCAGGGCGGAGGAGCGAGCCUGGGCAGCCUGGCAGGGGGCUUUGUGGUGGAGCGCUUCGGCCUGGCGGUUCUGUACAGGGCCUGCAGCCUGGCCGUGCUGCUGUGGCUCUUCUGCUUCCUGAUUGUCCAAUCCAAGCUGCCACGGCAGAAGAAAAUCAACUACUCCCGGCUGCUGGCCGCUGACUCCAGUGAGGGGAGUGACUCUGAGGAGGAGGAGGAGGAGGACGAGAGGGACUGGCUGGUGAAAGCUAUGAAGGAGGAAAGCUUCAAGAGGGGCUGGUGACAGUCACUGAUGAGGAUGUUGGCCAAGACUGGACCCAGUCCUGACCCCUGA